AAACUAAGUUUCUUGGCCAACUGACAGAGUGAAAUGGGGAGGAGUCUGUCUCACUGAGUUGAACUCAGGACAGACUGAAGGACAAACAAGAAGGAAGGAACUUUCGGCAGAAAAAUAAGAAGAUAAUAAAGCAUAUUGAAUACUACCUGCCUAAAUAACAAUGUCUCUGUCUCCUGCUGCUUUGGCUGCUCGUCGGGUGUUAGCUGCUGCGUCACAUUCGGGCGGCGACGGAGCAAGGACAUGGAAGAUUCUGACAUUUGUUCUGGCCUUACCUGGUGUCGCUGUCUGCAUGGUCAAUGCCUACAUGAAGAUGCAGGAGCACCCACAUGGACAGCCGGACUUUGUGCCAUACGCUCACCUGCGUCUUCGCACCAAGAAAUUUCCUUGGGGUGAUGGAAACCACACUCUGUUCCACAACAGCCACACCAAUGCUCUUCCUGAUGGCUAUGAGAGCUCCAGUCACUGAGCACUGAGAGGAUUGGUCAUCUUACUCAGCUGCAUCCUGCUGCAUGCAUCAAACUCCAGCCUGCAGAGUACUUGACUUAAUUACAUUGGCUGAGGGGCCAAGAAGCACUGAUGUCAGGUCGUGUACCCAGACAGAAAUAAAAAUCACUGAUUGCUAUGAAA